AUGCGCCGGACACUACGACUGCUCGCAAGCGUCAAGCCGGCGCGGUACCUGGAGCCCGGCACCCAGACCGGCCUGGCCGGCGUCUACACCCACAGCUCGCCCCGGUCCGCCCUCCUGUACCUCUACACCCACACCCUCGAGAAGCUCAAGGCCUUCCCCGAGCACUCGGUCUACCGCCAGUCCGUCGAGGCGCUGACCAAGCACCGCCUCGCCAUCGUCGAGGCCUCCAAGCCCGCCGGCUACGACGAGUGGGCCGAGCGCGCCCGCAAGCUCAUCGCCGAGAACCCGGGCCAGUUCAACGUCUCGGCCUCGGGCCGCAUCGACGGCGCGCAGGCCCACCGCAUCACCAUCGGCGGCAAGGAGUUCCUCGUGCGGCACAUCCCGCCCGAGAAGGACCAGCGAUACCAGGAGUGGGACGGCGAGAUCGACGAGGGCCCGGAGCUGGAGGGCGCGAGGACAGAGGAGGAGCGCAAGGACCAGGUCCUGCUGGCCACCCGGAAACCCCUCGAGGAGGUCAAGCAGAUCAAGUGGGAGGACGAGCCUCAAUUGACGGCCGACCAGAUCUCCGAGAUCGAGAACAAGAUUGGCGCCGGCCUGAUCGAGGAAGUCAUCGAGGUCGCAGAGGGAGAGGUCGGUCUCAUUGACAAGAUGCUGCAGGCCAAGGUCUGGGAAAGCUUGGAGGAGAAGCCGGCGGAGGGUCAGUGGAAGUACUUUGAGAGGAAGUAA